GCUGCCCUGCUGGCCUUCAGUGACAUCAGAUGACUUCCAGGCCACUGCCUCAUCCCAUUAUCUGUGCGUAUGAGAUGCAUUGUCUCUUCCUGGGCCUGCACACUGAAUGAGUGUCUCUGAAGCAUCUUUGUUUUCCAAAUGUGAAUGGUCCACUGUAGCAGCCUUGUCUGCCUGACUGUCCUGGGACAGGGGCGGGGGCACAGGCAAGCAGUGUGCCCAGAAGUCGUGAAUACAGCCGCUGAGGACCUGGGUAAGACCGUCUCCUCCCCUUUCCUUUGAGGUCCAGGGAAAUUGCUAGAGGCUACAGACGCCAGCCCAAUGGAUCCCAAACUUGGAAGAGUGGCGUCCUCUGUCCUUGCCUCCCUGCUGCUGCUGGAGAGAAGCAUGUUCUGUCCGUCCUCGCCGCCCGCUGGGCUGUUGGACAAGGCCUUCCAGUACAUCGAUCUCCAUCAGAAUGAGUUUGUAGAGACACUUAAGGAGUGGGUGGCCGUGGAGAGCGACUCUGUGCAGCCCCUGCCCCGCCUCAGGCAAGAGCUCCUCAGAAUGAUGGCGCUGGCGGCCGACGAGCUCCGGCGCCUGGGGGCCAGCGUGGACUCCGUGGACUUGGGGGAUCAGCAGCUGCCUAAUGGUCAGACUCUCCCGAUACCUCCCAUCAUCCUGGCCGAGCUGGGGAAUGAUCCGAAGAAACCCACUGUGUGCUUCUAUGGCCACUUGGACGUACAGCCUGCUAGAAAGGAAGACGGGUGGCUCACAGAUCCUUACACGCUGACGGAAGUGGAUGGAAAACUUUACGGACGAGGAGCAACAGACAACAAAGGGCCUGUUUUAGCGUGGAUUAAUGCCGUGAGCACCUUCAGAUCCCUGGAGGAAGAUGUCCCUGUGAAUAUCAAAUUCGUCAUUGAAGGGAUGGAGGAAGCGGGCUCUGUGGGGCUGGAGGAGCUGGUCAGAAAGGAGAAGGACCAGUUCUUCUCCGGUGUCGACUGCAUCGUCAUUUCAGAUAACCUGUGGCUCAGCCGGAGGAAGCCGGCUCUCACCUACGGCACGCGAGGGAACAGCUACUUCAGGGUAGAGGUGAAGUGCAGAGAUCAAGAUUUUCAUUCAGGAACUUUUGGGGGUAUCCUCAACGAACCAAUGGCCGAUUUGGUUGCUCUUCUUGGUAGUCUUGUAGACUCAUCUGGUCACAUUCUGAUCCCCGGAAUCUAUGACCAGGUGGCGCCUCUUACGGAAGAGGAGAGAAAAAUGUACAAAGCCAUCCAUCUGGACCUAGAAGAAUACCGUAGAAGUAGCCGGGUUAAGAGAUUUCUAUUUGACACCAAGGAGGAGAUUCUAAUGCACCUCUGGAGGUACCCAUCUCUUUCAAUCCAUGGGAUUGAGGGUGCUUUUGAUGAGCCUGGAGCUAAAACAGUCAUCCCUGGCCAAGUUAUAGGGAAAUUUUCAAUCCGUCUGGUCCCUCACAUGGAUACGUCUGCGGUGGAAAAACAGGUGAAACAGCAUCUUGAAAAUAUAUUCUCCAAAAGAAACAGUUCCAACCAGAUGGCUGUUUCUAUGACGCUAGGACUGCAGCCGUGGAUCGCAAAUAUUAAAGAUAAUCAGUAUCUUGCAGCAAAAAGAGCCAUCAGAACAGUGUUUGGAACAGAGCCAGACAUGAUUCGGGACGGGUCAACCAUACCAAUUGCCAGAAUAUUCCAGGACACCGUCCAGAAGAGUGUGAUGAUGCUCCCGCUGGGCGCUGUUGAUGAUGGGGAGCACGCUCAGAAUGAGAAAAUCAACAGGUGGAACUACAUAGAGGGAUCCAAAUUAUUUGCUGCCUUUUUCCUAGAGCUGGCUAAGCUGCAUUGAUAAUGAGGGCAACCUUCCGGCUUAGAUCUGACCUACUGACAGAUGCGCUCUCCCACACACCUGGCGAGGAACAGAAUCUAAAUAUCCAGAGAACUUCAGGUCCAGGAAAUAAUGUUUCCUUCCCAUUUAAAAUGUCUUAGGACAUUUGGACCAGUCCUAAAAUAUUUGAAAGGCACAGCCAUUGAAAAUGGCAUACUGUCCCCACGGGACACUUUUCCAAAGUCACCACUACCUGCAACAUCUCCCCAAGUCCGGCUGCAGAAGCCCCGGGAUUGGACUCACUCUUUCUCUGGAGCACAAGGACAAUUCUUUCAUUAGACCCUCCCUGGCAGUUUGAUGGGUCUGAUCCCCGCGGUGGGUUUUUAGCUUCCAAGGUGCUCAUAAUACAUCAUCAUUCCGCACAGUGUGUAGAUUAUCCUUGCUCUUACCACACGUUCCUUUUAUUAGUAAAACUCUUGGUCCCACCACUGGCUACCAGGAUUUCCCUGUGGGUUCGUUUGUAGAGGAAUAACUAAAGCAUGAUGCCAUAUUAACCUCUUGCUUUCCCUUCAUUUAUUUUGCCUGCUUCUUGGAAGUUCUGAAACAGAAACAAGCAAUAGUCAUAUCCUUAGGCCAUUUGGGAUUCCCUGUGUGAAAAUCAGUACUUUUUCUAUUCCAAGGCUCUUUACCUUUCUUGGAUUGAUGCCAACUGACCACCCCUCCUGCACCCUUUUCUUUCUUGCUACCCCAUCACUGAAACCCCCCCACCCCUGCCAACAUCUGUGCACAUAUAAAGUCACCACCGCAGAAUCAAUUCUGAUAGAAUUUCUCUCACCUUGUUGGAAUUUUACUUAGUGACUACAUCUAAAUUGCUUAAAGCUUUUAAUAGCAUCAAAUUUAGAUAGAGAACAAAUCUAAUCAGCCCCAACACCAGUAACAGGUUCUAAAUUUAAAGCCAUCAGCGAAUGCUGCAUUCAGUAAUCAUUUUAGUUAACCAUCUUGUUGGGCUCGAUUGCAUUUGAUGGUGUAAACAAACAAACAGAAUGUAAUUUUUCUACAGUCGAGUGUAUGUAAACAAAUCAAUUCAAUCUUUAUAAAGUCAUUAUUUAAAUCACAUUAAUGGAGAACUUAAGAAUUUAUUAAAAAUGUUUCUCUUAUGAUUACAAAUAAAAUCAAAGCCUAACGCA